GUACACAGGUGUCUGGAAGCCCGGGCCUAGAGCGUGCUCAGUCCCGGAAGUGACGUUUCCCAGAGGGGCCGGAAGUGGCAGUGGAGGGAGGGAAGAUGGCGGAGGUGGGGGAGAUUAUCGAAGGCUGCCGCCUGCCAGUGCUGCGGCGAAACCAGGACAACGAAGAUGAGUGGCCCUUGGCCGAGAUCCUGAGCGUGAAGGACAUCAGUGGGCGGAAGCUUUUCUACGUUCAUUACAUUGAUUUCAACAAACGCUUGGAUGAAUGGGUGACCCAUGAACGGCUGGACCUGAAGAAGAUCCAAUUCCCAAAAAAAGAGGCCAAGACCCCUACGAAGAACGGACUUCCUGGGUCCCGCCCCGGCUCUCCAGAGAGAGAGGUGAGGAAGACCCUGGACCUAUCUCUACAGCCGGCCUCCACCCAGGCCAGCGGGAAGACCUUGCCAAUCCCGGUCCAGAUCACACUCCGCUUCAACCUGCCUAAGGAGCGGGAGGCCAUUCCCGGCGGUGAGCCCGACCAGCCGCUCUCCUCCAGCUCCUGCCUGCAGCCCAACCACCGCUCAACGAAACGGAAGGUGGAGGUGGUUUCACCAGCAACUCCGGUGCCCAGCGAGACCGCCCCGGCCUCAGUGUUCCCUCAGAAUGGGUCAGCCCGACGGGCCGUGGCCGCUCAGCCAGGACGGAAGCGAAAGUCAAACUGCUUGGGCACUGACGAGGACUCCCAGGACAGCUCAGAUGGGAUACCAUCAGCUCCGCGCAUGACUGGGAGCCUGGUGUCUGACCGGAGCCACGACGACAUCGUCACCCGGAUGAAGAACAUCGAGUGCAUUGAGCUGGGCCGGCACCGCCUCAAGCCGUGGUACUUCUCUCCGUACCCGCAGGAGCUCACCACGUUGCCAGUCCUCUAUCUCUGCGAGUUCUGCCUCAAGUACGGCCGCAGCCUCAAGUGUCUGCAGCGUCACUUGACCAAGUGCGACCUGCGACACCCACCAGGCAACGAGAUCUACCGCAAGGGCACCAUCUCCUUCUUCGAGAUUGACGGGCGUAAGAAUAAGAGUUACUCCCAGAACCUGUGCCUUCUGGCCAAGUGUUUCCUCGACCACAAGACGCUAUACUACGACACAGACCCUUUCCUCUUCUACGUCAUGACAGAGUAUGACUGCAAGGGCUUCCACAUCGUGGGCUACUUCUCCAAGGAAAAGGAGUCCACGGAAGACUACAAUGUGGCCUGCAUCCUGACCCUGCCUCCCUACCAGCGUCGGGGCUACGGCAAGCUGCUGAUCGAAUUCAGCUACGAACUCUCCAAAGUGGAAGGGAAAACGGGGACCCCUGAGAAGCCCCUCUCGGAUCUUGGGCUCCUAUCCUACCGAAGCUACUGGUCCCAGACCAUCCUGGAGAUCCUGAUGGGGCUGAAGUCUGAGAGCGGGGAGAGGCCACAGAUCACCAUCAACGAGAUCAGUGAAAUCACCAGCAUCAAGAAGGAGGACGUUAUCUCCACUCUACAGUACCUCAACCUCAUCAACUACUACAAGGGCCAGUACAUCCUCACGCUGUCAGAGGACAUCGUGGAUGGGCACGAACGGGCUAUGCUCAAGCGACUCCUCCGCAUCGACUCCAAGUGUCUGCACUUCACCCCCAAGGACUGGAGCAAGAGGGGGAAGUGGUGACCAGGCACCGCCAUGGUAGCACCGACGAGCCGCAGAACUGGAGCUGACAGCCCAUCCUGUCCCCAAGGGGGACCUAAGGGAGGUGGACCGGGCUGAGGACAGUUCCACAAGGAGAGGACAGGCCUGGUAGGGGCCGGAUGGUGCCCAGCACCAAAGUGAGCUCAGGGCUCAGGUCAUCUCUGAGGUCAGCUGGCUGCAGGCCAAGGCCUGCUGUGAACCAGGGACCAGAGGGAGCCAGGGAGAUGUGUACAGUGAGAUGGGGGUGGGGCACUCUGUACAGAGAGCUGCUGGAUGUAAAAAUUUCUUUUGUAAAGUAGGAGUGGGGGGUGGGGUGGGUACUGGCUGCAAAAUUUUGGCCUCUCUUCCCUCUGCCCCCUGGCAAUAAAUUGU